ACUCAAUUAAUUCAAAGAAUAUGAGUGUGUGGUUUCAUGAAAGGUAAAUGACCAAAGUGAAAGUAACUUAUGUAAUUUAUCUGAAUGUAUUUUUCUAGCAACCUUCCUGGCACUGCUAACUUUCAACCCACUAUUGACCAUGCCGCCUCACAUUUGAUUUCUUUGGUGUCAGCUACCAGGUGAGGAUAAUGUGCACACGCCCACCGUAAAUUCCUAACCAUGAAACGUUAUCAGCACCAAUGACAACUGAGGAAUUCUGAUGUACAGGCAGUGGACGAAAGUAUUGGGACGUGGAAGUAAAUAGCGAGCUUCCGUUUGUGUUAGGUGUCAUCAUUAGGACUUAUGAGUGGACUGUGGACCAAACGGCCAUUGGAGGUCACAGAUUGGGAAACAUGCAGGCGUGAUGCAAGGGCCCGUGAAGCAGGGAGGGCAGAGAAAACACUCCUCCCUUUCUGAGCCUGCAUUGUUUUCUCCUGAGUGUGCACACAUGCCAUAGGACGAGCGGAAGGAGAAGACCUGGGAGCGUCAUGUGGGAAUUUGAGGUCGCCGGGGGCCGUGCCACCUUCCCCUGGUCAUGAUCCAGCAGACAUCAAUGUUCAUCAUGGCUUCCUCUGUGAAGUUUACCUACUUGUUGCUGCUGGUUUGCAGCCUGGGAAAGAAUCACAUGAUGUCUGGAGGAUGUUUGGGCAAAUGCUGUGGUGGCGGCAGAGACAUGAGCUGCACGUCCAUGGACUGGAGGAUGGACCGGGUCUAUGGGACGUGUUACUGCGACCAGGGCUGCAGCGCCACACAGGACUGCUGCUUCGACUACUUCACGCUGUGUCCAGCACAAGCCUGCUUGGUGAGCGCUUGGAGUUUCUGGAGCGGUUGUGCUGAGCCGUGCCGGCCUUCCUUACGGCUCAGAAUCCGUCAAGUGGAGAAGCGGCCCAGCAACAACGGAGAGUCCUGUCCCAGCCUGCAAGAAAGAGCCGGCUGCAUGGACUACAGUGACCACCAGGGACACCCAUGUGGACUCAACUCAGGUCCUGCGUUCAUCACCAGCAUGGAGUUUGGCAAAGGAAGACCCAAGCAGGACAGGAACGGAAGUCCUCUUGAUCCAGGUUUCUGUGUGGAAUUCUCCUUGGAGUCCCGCUCACCUCACUGCACGGUGGAGAACAGGCCACACACACACUGGAUGCGGUACUUCACUGAGGGCUUUACCGUGUGUGUGGCGUGCCGCCCGCCCGCCAUGAGCAACAGCAGCGGUGGUUGCCAAGGAGAUGGGCAGGAUGUGGACAGCGAGGCGCUGCUGCGCUGGCAGGCGGUGGGCAACCCUCGAUGCGGUGGAACAUGGCGGAAAAUCCAGAGGCGGAAGCAGUGCGACUGUCCACCACAGCACAGUUUUAUCUUCAUCUAAUGACACACACGUGUGGCACUUCUUCUUAUCGACUCUUACUGGGUGCUGCUCAGAAUAUAAUCAGGGAUGGGUCACUUUAUUAGGUACACCUGCUGUGCAGCUGUUCACCAUUAAGCUAAGCAUUAUUAUCUUCAUGUACACAGCUCCUAAAAAAUGCUUUAUUUCAUUCAUUUAAAAUGUAUUUUUUCCAUUUGUUUUCUGUAUUUCACCAUGAAAACAAACCAUGUGUUUGUUUACAAAUGACGCCCUCUGGUGGCAGGUACACUUACUACAGCAGUAAAAUAUACUUGAAUGGGUGUACUAUUAUUAAACACACAGAUAGCAUAAUGUCUCUUCAUACCUUUCCAACACAAUUAACUUUUACUUUAAAGCUGUUGCAGCCGUGCUUAAAGAUGCUUGCCAUUAAAACAGCCUUCCAGGUCCUUCUCAAUUAUGUAAAAACCUUUAGACAGCCCCAUGUAAGUCACAUGCACACAUACUGAGUGGGGUCUUUGCCUUUCCAAAAACUUGUGGGGACAAAUAGUUAAGUAACAUCUUGCUGACAUGGAAUAGUCUCUGAAGUUGGCAAACUCAUAAUCGUUAAAAAUUAUGCUGCUGUUGACGAUGAGAGAAAAUAACAUCCAUUACGUGGUUGCAAUCAGCAUUGUUCCCGUGGAUUGAAGCGGUUUGCAGUUAAAGGAGGCCAUGAUGUCAGCCAAGAUAACCUUUGAUACUCGAUGUGUAUUUAUCAUCUGUUGUAUAAACUGAGUAUGUAAGCUGAAUUAAAGACUUAAUUGCCAUAA